CAGGCGCAGUGCGGCGCGGGUGGUUGCUAUGCCUGUUUCUAAGGCUGCGGAGGCAGUGUUGGAGUGAGACGUGAGGCCCAGGCCGGACAGCGCCGUGUGGGUGAUGGAGCGCGACGACCCUCAGUGAGAAGAGCCGCCCUCGAAAGAGCCGAGACCGAGCCCGCCUCCCCAUGGAGCCGGGCCGCGAGGAGGAGGAGGAGGAGAAGACGGCGGUGACGGCGGCGGCGGCGGGGGGGACGACGGUGGCGGGCUCCAGCCUGGAGCACUGCGCGGGGCUGCGGCAGGUGUUUGACAUGUUCGAUUCGGCCGGGGAGGGCCUCAUGCGGAUGGAGGAUUUCAUCGAGAUCGCCAACAGCUAUGGAGCCGAGCAGGUAAAAGAACUGACCAAAUACCUAGAUCCUACCGGACUUGGAGUGAUCGCUUUUGAUGAUUUCUGUCGAGGAAUUGCUGCCAUCAGAAGCAAUGGAGAUUCCGACAGCCAGACGUCCGACAUGGGGUUGGGGAAUGAGGAGGAUGUAGCAGCCUGUGCCGAUGAAUUUGAGGACUUUGCAGGUUUUGAGCCGAAUGAGGUGAGCGACAGUGCAUACAUGGGCUCUGAGAGCACCUACAGUGAGUGCGAGACGUUUACAGAUGAGGACACUGGGACGCUGGUGCACCCUGGAAUGCACGACGAUGUGGAAACGGACAGUGCUACUGAUGCCACAUUGAACUCAGAACACACAGACAUGCUGCAGGAGACUGACAAUGGGCUUCCAUUUAAUGGCGAUAGUGGGAUCCAUCAGCACGAUUUCUUUUUGGACUCCAACAUGUCGCUGGAAGGCACGGGGGAGCACUUUGAAGAUUAUGGAGAAAACGAUGAGAUUGGUUUUGCAUCCAGUAGUCUCUGUCAGGACGGAGCUUCACCUAUGAACGGGCACCUGGAGUGCUCAGCACUGCUGGCUCCCAGUGUUACUAACUUCGCCUCAACAUUGCAAAACAUUAUUGGAGAAGAAAGGCUGGAAUUUUACUGCAGUCAAUGUCACAAGCAAAUCAAUCGUCUGGAAGAUCUGACCUCACGUCUGAACCAUCUGGAAAUGAAUAGUCCAUUGAAAAAGCUCAGUAGCAAGAAGGUGGCUCGGCAUCUGCAACAGUGCAGUGCACUCGGCUUCGGUAACAUGGAAGAGCUUCCUCAGGACUUCCAGAAUCUCACUCCAUUGGACCUCACAGACAAGGUAACUUUCCUGGAGAAGCGGGUGACUGAGCUGGAGAAGGACAGCGCCACCCAUAGAGAAGCUCAGAGCCGCCUGAGACAUGAGAAUUUACAGCUGGUGCACAGGGCAAAUGCGUUGGAGGAGCAACUCAAGGAGCAGGAAAAUCAUUCAGAGCAGAUGUUAGUUGAUGAAAUUCGAAGGCAGAAAGAAGCUUUGAGCAAAGUGGAACGAGAACGGGACAUUGAGAUUGAGAAUCUGCAAGCGAGGCUUCUGCUUCUGGAUGAGGAGACGGGGGAGCUGCGAGCUUGCAUCCCCUGCUUUCGAGCCAACAUUCAGAGGCUUGAGGAGGAGAAGCGGAGAUUACUCGAUGAGGUUGAAGACGUGUCACAGAAACUGAGCGAGGAGCAGAAAAGCAACCAGAAACUAUCAGAUAAAGUGCUGCACCAAUGCCAGUUGUUCCAGAGGGAAAAGGAAGGCACUCAGGAGCUGAUCGAGGACUUGAGGAAACAGCUGGAGCACUUGCAGCUCUUCAAGCUGGACGUGGAGCGAGGACGCAGCUACAGUGCAGGCCGCGGGUACCAAGGUAUUAGAACCCGUGAGGCUGAACUUGAACAUGAAGUCAAACGGCUCAAACAGGAUAAUCGAGCUCUGAAGGAACAGAAUGAUGAGCUAAAUGGGCAGAUCAUUAACCUGAGCAUCCAAGGAGCAAAGAGCCUCUUUACUGCAUCUAUGGCAGAGUCACUGGCGUCUGAGAUCAGCUCCGUCUCCAGAGAUGAGCUGAUGGAUGCCAUUCACAAACAAGAAGAGAUCAACUACCGGUUGCAAGACUAUAUCGACCGUAUCAUUGUCGCCAUCAUGGAGACUAACCCGUCCAUCUUGGAGAUCAAGCAUAUGCAGGAACGCACGUAGUGCUCAACACUGACCAUUUCACCUGUUGUCAUCGGGGUCCUGAGGAGUACCACACAGCUCCAGUGUGGACUGGGAUCCCUCUCUUCCAUAUCCUCCCUUCCCCACCCACCUCCCUGCUGGAGCAGAUCCCUGGUGAGCACUUGGUGUGGGGUCUCUCCCGUGUGUGCUGGACCUGAGUGUUGUACUGGGAUCCCUUAUCUAUCUCUUCUCCCGACUCACCAAAGCAAAUGCCCACUGGGGAGGCUCAACUUGGUUUAAUCUCGGUCUUCAUACAUUGGGACUUGGCUCACGAGCUGGUGAAUCUCCAGCACUGCUCCGGCCUUAGCAGGGAUAGAACACUAUUUGCACAUGGACACUAAUUACACAGCACACUUGCACGUUUAUUGGCGCAUUAAUAGUCGCUGUUUUAUGAAACUUGGCAAUUCCUCGUGAUGCUCUGGGCAGGUCACCAGCCAUCUACAUUUAAUUAAACUCGUCCUGUCCACUUCACAUUCCCAGGAACCAAGCUUGCUCUAUAGGUACCAACCCAGCUUCUCUCUCAUAGAAUCCCACCCUUUAUUCUUCAUUCCUUGGUGUGUCACCAGAUAAUUACUAUUUAAGAUGAUGGGUACUCCCUAAUCUGUACACGCACUUGUUCUUGGUGCCCAUCAACAACAGUCACAGCUGAGACUGCAGGAAUUGAUCAGUCUCCACUUGCACCAACCCUCACCCCGGCCAACCCUAUCCGAACAUCCCACUCCCAUCAAUGGGGGAGGGGGUGGGGUUGUGUCUCUUGUUCGUCUGUAGCUGCUGCGUGUCCAGAAUGGAUGCCGUGUGUGCCUGUAAAUUCUGCUGAAGAAACUUGUGUACAUUUUGAAUUUUAUAUCCUCUCAGAGUAGAAAUAGUUAUUUUUAUAGAACAAAGGCACCUCUGCUGGAAUAGAAAGCUAUCUCCAAUGGAAUCUUAUCUGCUGAGUACAGUAUAUAGCCUCACGUUUGUGUGUGAGGGAGGAAAGUAGCUCAAUGCUGAUUUCUUUAUGGGUGUUGAGUUGAUGUACUUUCCUGCCCGACUGAAGAUGAUGCUGUUAAUUAUGUAAAAAAAAAGGAAAAAGUCUUAAAAUGCAAGUCCUAUCAAUGUACUGUUCUUGUGACUGAAGAAACUCGCCUCAAAGAUGUUGUGAUCAGGAGCAACUCAUUUCAGUAGUUUUUAUAUAUGAAAAAUGUUUUGGCAUGACACUCACCGGAGCUAUUGCUCAACACCUGUGCUUGUUGGUUAUACAGGAAAUCAUUUCAAACCCCAGGCUACCAGCAGCUUGGGGAAUCCCUGAGGUGUCAGUGCUAUGGCUCCUGAGGUGACAUCCUGCAACUCCAGGACUGAACCUUAAGAUACUGAGUUAUUUAAGAAGUAUUUUCAGUUAUGGUACGAGCCAAGUUGUGAAAGCAUCAUUGCACCCCUAAAAAUGAAUAGUCAGUGUAUGUAUACCUGUAUAAGUGGCAGCUGGGUGUAGGGCAGGGAAUGAGUGGUGUAGUGUAACUACUGGAAAUGCCCAGUGAUGAAGCAAUUAAAAUGCGGAUUAACAACCA